UAUUUUAAAAUGUACUUUGUUAUUGUUUUAAUAUAAAAAAAAUCACCAUAACUUUGACUGCGUAGUGCAGAAAUGUGAGUGACUCAACCCUUUAAUGCUUGGAGAAAAUUGUCUCUUUAAGAGUUUUUUCCCCCGUGUUCCUGUCCCACCUGUAAUGCAGCCAUUCAUAUUUACCACUAGAUGUCCUCAUCUUCAAAUGUUCUCAGUACCUUGGGUUGAGUUGUUGAGGUACCGUGUCUGGAUACACACCUGAAAUUUGUUCAAAGGCUUUUCAGCUAAAAUUAGCGCCCCGUGCUCGUCGUCUUUGCUCCCGGAUCUUGUUGAGAUGUGAUGAGUAACAGAGAGGUGCUAAAGACAAAGACCCGUCUACUGCAAACUGUCGAGCAUUAGUUAAUCUGAAUGACAAAAGAGCUUGAAUGGGUCGAGUGCGUCAGUGUGCACAGGAGACUGUGUUGCUAUGGAGGUAAAGAGGGAGGAUGCUGUGGUAUACUGUGCUUUGAUCAGUUAUGCUUGCAGACCAUUUUGUUAUAUAGACACACUUUCCAUUUUAUUAGCUACUCUAAAAAGGGAUUAUUAUUAGAAUUUUUUCUGUCUUUCUUUCUUAGUUAGAGAGUUAUUGAAUGAUUGAAGUUCAUGUAUGGUUUGCUUGAAUUGUAGAAUAAAAUGCAGAUAUGUUGUAAAGGUCUGAUGGGAAUGAAUGAUCAGUAACUUUCCUCUCAGCAGUAACAAAAAAGAAAGCAUCCAAAGUUAGAUGUAGGCCGAACAGUAUAGUAACGCAGGAUAGAGAAAGCAAUAAUCUUCUUAAAACUUAGAGUUGUUAGUCCAAUAUUUGAGAUUGAACUGUGACAAGAGGUAUUUCUCUUAAUCCGAUACUGAUUCGAAUCCCAGGAUUUGCUGACUGGGUCGCUCCUCUGUCCCCUCAGUGUCUAGGUGUUGGCUCCUCUCAUCAGCAGGUCUAUUUUUACAUUUAACCCUCCAGCUUGUCCCUGGAUUACGUAUUCAGUCCUGCUUGUCACACAUUAAAUGUGCAAACAUUUUAAAACAAUGCUGAUUCUGGUUGCAUAAUUUAAAGCAUUAGUAUUCUUGUUACACUCAUUCUGUAACUGGGUGACCCCAGGGAAUAAAUGUGCCUGCAUCACAACGUCAUCCUAAAAAUGACAGUAGAGAAGUGCUUUUUUCAAAGUGUUGAACUCUAACAGAUGAAUUACCAUAACGUUACUGGAACGUGGCCCCAAAUUUUCAGUGUCUUUUUGUCACUUGCAAGAAACAGCCAAACAAUAACUGUGCUGUUUUCUAUUCUCUCGCAGCCUGAAGAAUGCACAACAAAUACUCUGAUCUGUUAUGCCCUUUGUAGCUUUGCCAGAUCUUUGGCUGAUCAGCAUUUGAAACGGGAGGCAGACGUUAACAGAAAUCCUGGAGCAGACAUGCUGCAAAUAGCUUUCAGUAUUCACAGCCAGCCAACUUAGGCAACAAUCACAUUGCGGUUACUGUACUGAGUGGUUCCCCUGUUUCCUGUUUCUCAGGUCACAUUGCUCCUGGUCUUGCUUCUCCAAUUCAGAUUUUACUGUAAGAUUUCAUAGUAAUAUUUAUUACUGGCUGCAUCGCCUCAUGUGUCUGACCGCAUAUACUUUGGCACUGAUAUGUUGUUGACGUAGAGGCCAGAGUGAUAUUUAGGUCCAUUAAAUCUUCAGGUAGAUAAACCACAGCAUCAGAUUGAAUAACUGCAUGGCUUUCCUUGAAAUGGAAACUCCUGACCAACUAUAAUCCUGAGCCUGACUCACAAACUCUAUUCCGAUCAUCAACAUAGCUGCUGAUGAGGGUUUCCCUUGACUGUGCAGCAGUGACGGAUAAAAUAUUAAAAUCCUUCGUUAAAGUACCAGCAUAUAAUAAAUAAAUAAACAGCUAACAUCCACAGAAAUUUCUGCAUAAAUAAAGAAAUUCUCAUCAAAAGUGCUUACAGUGAUUAUGGAUUUUUUUUAAGAACCACACUACAGUGAUUUAUCAUAAAUGGACAUUUGUUGAAUUUUUAAAAUUAGGACUGACUUGUAGGAAAGUGUUUUCAUUUUCUUGGUAAGGUGGCCCUGAGAGGUCAAACAUAAUACAAACUGAGAAGCUUUUGAAGUGACAGAAACCAAAACACGGAGAGGAUCGCACUGAGACGCACUUAAAAGACGCUGUGGAUUCAUCUGUGUUGUAAGGGAGAAAAAUGUGAUUCAUAUAAUACACAAAACACACUUCUGUUGUGAUUCGUACAUUUUCUUUUCCAUUUCUCCUUUGUUUUCUUCAACUUGUUUUGUGUGUUUUUGUAGAGUUUCUGUACUUGCUGGCCUUUUCUUACGUUGUAAUGCGUUUGACCUCUCCAGCCCACCGUAUCUUGGUGAUCUAUGUGUUAUGUAGAGUCUUUUCUUACCUUCUGCCUUCAAGUAAAUUUGGUACAAUGGAACGACACAGAGGGGAAGUACCUCUGCUUUGCUUAACCUGAUUUCUUACGUGCAUGAAAUUAUAAGAAUAACAGGGGAGCUCUUGACUUCCAUCCAAGUCAGCAACAGAUAACCAGUGUGAUUCUUCAUUUAAGUAAACAGAUACAGAACACUGUAAGUGAUUGUUUUACUAACUCGUAACGUAUUCUGCUUUAAAUAACUCAGAUUCAGAUUGUAGAAUAUGGAAAUAACGCGUGAGUACCGUGCAAUAAUAAAAUGCAAACAUAUAGUAGUGGAGUGUGGAUUAUGUGGGUAAAAAGGCCUAUUUUCCCUCUGAGAGAACUAAGAUGACCUCUGUGCACAACAGGAUUUAAAUGUCUGGGAUUGUCAUGUAUUCUUUUGUAGGAUGCACAUGGUUUUUGCCUUUUUCAUAUCGUCCUUCAAUUGACUAAUGUGUCAGGGUUUGAGGCAACAAGACGGAGAGAGCUCUACUAAUAAUCUGACUCUCAAGGGGUAGUCAAGAGCAGGAGAGGUGCCAAGGAAAGAGAGAGGCAUUGCAAGACAGAGGGCAAGAGUUUGUACAGGGAGGGAGAUUAAAGAGAGAGAGAGAUGGAAAAAGUAAGGAGAGCCUUGUCAGGUAGAAAAGAGAGGGGAGGAGGAAAAGAGGGGGCACAGCUAGCACAGCAUAAAUUUGCCUGAGCUGCUUGGUUACCUUCCAAACAAAGCUGCUGAUUUGCGGAGCAAAGGAAGAGGAGGGAAAAGUGAGUGAGACAGACAUGAAAAGAGGAGGGGGAGGAUAGAAAGAGAUGAGGGGAGUGAUUGCACCAUGCCACACACACUUGAAGCUCAGUCUCCCUUGGAGACACUGGCAGAGCUGGAUCACGGCAUGAUAGAGCAACUGUAGGGUCUCCACUUCGCUACACUUCCACUUCGCUAUCACCACUGAGCUGUGGCACUAUACAGACGUGCUCGGCUAGAGAGGAACAGAGAGUCAGGACUUGAGUCCUGGAAGGAGACUAAAGAUUUGACAGAGACCUAGGAAGAGGAGGAGGAGGCAGUCAAGAGUGUGAAGAAAAAGCGGAGGAGUCGGGAGUCUGAGGAUGCACAGAGCGAGCUGAAGGAGCUGCUGAGCUUGCAGCAGCAGCCAAGCAACACUUCUAAACUCAAAUACACACUACUUCCAGGGGAGGACAGUGUGUGGUGCCCCCAGUGGAGGAUGAAGAAGCACUCAGCCCGAGUGGCUCCUCUCAGCUCAUACAGCACUCAGGUCCUGACCUGCCCUAACUCUGAAGGAGAGGAUGGCUCGGAAUCUCACGCAGAGACACCAGGAAGUGAGACCAGUAUGGAGAGCCAGUCCUUCCACACGUGCGCCAACACGGCUCUGAAGGUGCUGGGUGGUUUGCUGAUGGUGCUGUGUGUUUCCUCCUCCUGGGUGGGUACCACUCAGGUGGUGAAGCUGACCUUCCAGUCAUUCUCCUGUCCCUUCUUCAUCUCCUGGUUCAGCAGCAACUGGAACAUCCUCAUCUUCCCCAUCUACUACUCGGGACAUGUCGUCACCACACGGGAGAAGCAGACCCCCAUCCAGAAAUUCAGGGAGUGCAGCAAGCUCUUUGGGGAGGAUGGAAUGACUCUCAAGCUUUUUGUAAAGAGGACAGCACCCUUCUCAAUCCUGUGGACACUGACCAACUACCUGUACCUCUUAGCCUUGAAGAAAUUGACCGCCACUGAUGUCUCUGCCCUCUACUGUUGCCACAAAGCUUUUGUUUUUCUCCUCUCAUGGAUUGUCCUCAAGGACCGGUUCAUGGGUGUUCGGAUUGUGGCUGCCAUAAUGGCCAUCACAGGUAUUGUCAUGAUGGCUUAUGCUGACGGUUUCCAUGGUGAUUCCUUUGUGGGUGUGGCAUUGGCUGUGGGCUCAGCCUCAACUUCAGCUCUUUAUAAGGUGCUGUUCAAGAUGUUCCUAGGCAGCGCCAACCUUGGAGAAGUGGCUCAUUUUCUUUCCACCAUGGGCUUUUUCAACCUCAUCUUCAUCUCCUGUGUGCCCCUCAUCCUGUAUUUCACCAGGGUAGAGCACUGGGGCUCACUCUCCUCACUGCCGUGGGGAUACAUGUGUGGACUGGCAGGACUGUGGCUGGUGUUCAACAUCCUGGUCCAUGUUGGUGUGGUACUGACUUACCCCAUUCUGAUCUCUAUAGGGACACUGCUCAGUGUGCCGGGAAAUGCAGCUGUAGAUCUUUUGAAACAUGAGGUGAUCUUCAGUGUGGUGCGACUGGCUGCCACCUGCAUCAUCUGCCUGGGCUUCCUGCUCAUGCUGCUACCAGAGGAAUGGGACUCAGUCACUCUGCGUUUCUUGGCCACCAUUGCGGACAAAAAGUCAGAGGACCACGGCGAGGAGCUCACAGACUCCAGCACCCACACUCGAAGCCGCAGUCGCGCAAAUGGCACUGUCUCCAUUCCCUUGGCAUGACAUGCUCUGAUAGUAACCUCCGUUAACCAGUCUGGAAACUCCACAUUUCUCCAGAGCCCACACUGGAGGUGUGGUGGGACGCUCAGUCCAUGUGGACUCAUCUAUCAGGAAGUGAGGCAGUAACGUCUUGAACUUCAAACUUCACUCUGGAGACGUACUGUUUCUAUCACUUCACAACAACAGGGGAAACUGAAAACAUUUAGGGAUCAUGCAACUUGAAAGAGCUGAAAGUGUUAUUUACUUUCUUGACAUACUUGCCGCGCUCCAUCCCUCGCACGCACCCAAACCAAGAGCUGACUGGCUCCCCCUUGAGAUGCUCUGCAGACUGUAUUCUGUGAAUAUAACUAUCAGCAGGGCCAGUUUGGCUCAGUCUUACACAUAUUUAUGAUAUUUAUUUAGAUCUGUAUCAAUAAGAGUAAUAAUUUUAAAUCUUACUGAAUAGCAUUAUAUAGAAGAAUGAUGAUUAUACUAUGCUUAAUGUACAGGAUCUUUUGAUUUUGUAAUAAAAGUCUUAAAACCCACAAAAAAGCUGCAUCUAACUGAGGAUCACAUGUAUGUAUUUCUAAUAUUUUUGGAAAAACUUCUAGCUUCAGAACUUUAUUGCCUGGAUAACUGAAAAGCAUUCGUAUACAUUUAUCUACAGAUAAUGGUGCUGGAAAAGCUUCACAUCCCAAAGAGCAAAGCAACGGCUCCACUGUUUCUAAGCAAAGCUCUGACAUGAGGUCACAUUUUUGGUAUUAAUAUUAGACUGACAAACUGACUGUAUAUUUAUUUGACACUUCUCUGCCAUUACAAAUUAUUUACUGAAUAUAUAAUAUUAGUCAAGCUAGUCUAUAAAGAUGGAACCACGCCUAUCAGAAUGACUAAAGCAGACUGUUGUCCCUUUGACCAUUAACUGCUCAUGGACAAGUAUUUUUAGCAAAAUUAAGUAGUGUGAUUCAUUCAGUAUUAGUAUUCUCUGUGUUGCUCUGAUUCAGCAGUGAUGACUUUCCAGAAUUCUUCUCUUUGAGAAUUACAAUGCUUUUCCGUGCUGUUCUUCGCUUUCUCACACACAAAUACACAAUACACAGAAAACUGACAGUUAACUGUAAUUUUUCCUUUUUCACAGAUACACACAAUUAAUGGUGAAAAUGUCUAACAAUGGUCAAAGCUCACGGGACAUGGUUUCCUACAGACCAUAUGCUAUGAUCUUGUCACUGUGCUUUUUUUUUUAAAUAUCUCAUAACAUGGUGAGAAACAUGUUUUUCAAAUAGUCCUACUGAGAUCAUCAGUAGGACUAUUUGAAAAACAGACAAUCCCAAGAGUCACACUACAGUGCUGUUAUGGUGGAGCACAGUCAGUGAGUCGAAACCUCUAAUGAAGCAUUUGCUGAGAUGACAGUUUCAGCUAAACGACUGUGGUGGCAUUUUAACAUAAUAAAAUAAAUGAUGUCGAAGAAGCAAAAGGAAAAAAAUGCAAUGUUCAAAUUGUACUUUCAUAAUGGUCACUGGUAUCCAGCUAGAAACUGAUAAAACACAUUAAUCAGAGGGGUCUUUUAUAAUCUUUAGCUGCAGAAAAAGUAUUUUGUAAAAUACAUACAGUCAUGCUUAAAAAAGUACAACUAUAUGCAGUCCUGUGAAAACACCCAUAAUGCCUGUAUUGAAAUAAAGAGGGUAAGUAGCAGUCAGGUGCUGCUAUUCACAUGCACUUGAUUGUUUGAUCAUCAGCAAGUGUGAGCACCUCUAUAAAAGCACAAGUUUUGGCAGUUUUGCUUGUAUGGAGCAUUCAGGCGUGCAUCAAUACAAUUCGACAAUUGUCCGAGGAUACAAGAGCUACAUCUCAGAGUUUACAGGCCUCGAUUAGCAUGUUAAAUAUUAAGGUUCAUUGCAGUACAGUUAGAAAAACGCUGAACAAGUAUGGCUUGUUUAGAAGGGUUGCCAGGAGAAAUCCUGGUCGCAUGGCUUAGGUUACAUGUGAACAAACCACAAGACUUCUGGAACAACUGGACAAUUUGGACAGACCAGACCAAAGUGGAGGGGUUCGGUGAUAAUGGACAGCACCACAUUUGGUAAAAGAGAAAUGCAGCAUGUCAGCUGAAACACCUC